UCUGUGUCCCUCAGUAACGAUUCUGUGUCCCUGAGUAACGAUUCUGUGUCCCUGAGUAACAAUUCUGUGUCCCUGAGUAACAAUUCUGUGUCCCUGAGUAACAAUUCUGUGUCCCUGAGUAACAAUUCUGUGUCCCUGAGUAACGAUUCUGUGUCCCUGAGUAACGAUUCUGUGUCCCUGAGUAACGAUUCUGUGUCCCUCAGUAACAAUUCUGUGUCCCUGAGUAACGAUUCUGUGUCCCUGAGUAACAAUUCUGUGUCCCUGAGUAACAAUUUUGUGUCCCUCAGCAAACGAUUCUGUGUCCCUGAGUAACGAUUCUGUGUCCCUGAGUAACAAUUCUGUGUCCCUGAGUAACGAUUUUGUGUCCCUCAGUAACGAUUCUGUGUCCCUGAGUAACGAUUCUGUGUCCCUGAGUAAC